CGCUCGUGGAUCUCAGUGCUGAGGGAACCACGGUUGCUCGUGUGUAAUGCGUGCACCGUGUCUUAACAAAAAUUGACUGUCAAGCCGAACGUUUCAUGCUUCAUCAUUGUGAGUGCACGUCGUCGUGUCGUCUAAUAACUUGUGCUAUGUAAUUCAUCACCCAGUUCUCCCUUUUGUUAAACCUCUGGAUGAAAGAUGAUGAGACAGUUCUCCAGUUUUCGUGAAAUAGUUGACCUAAAGAAUUCGUUGCUUUCGACCUUUUCGAAAGUGAAUUGAAGCGUGGAAAGGAAAAUUCUUUUUCCAAGCCAUCAACUGCACCAAAAGGAAGCAGUCGAUUUGUCUUGCGUGUGUCUGUGUAUAGACAGUGGCGCCAUUUGGAAAAAGCCCCCUCGUUGUCUGUGUGUGAUUCAUCCACUGCGCCUUCUUCUAGAGAUUGGCAGACCUCAACAACGUGCCGCUCCCUUUUGAAUUGCAUUUUCCGGUGGAUAAAAAAAAAAAGACGCUUCUCUCUCCUCCCACAAAAAAAAAAAACAAAAAAAAAGAAUUUUUUUUUUGCUGGAAUGGAUUUGGAAAAGGCGUUCGCCGUUGUGGAAGCCAGCCAAAAAGUGCCAACUGUAAUCCUCACAUCCGCCGACGCGUUGUUGCUUUCGGGUCGUCCUGGAAUGUUGGCUGAAGUCACAGUUGCUUCACGUUGAAGACGGACGUCAAACAGUUCGAUUUUUGACUUCAGUGACGUCAAUUUAUUCAUCCAUCGUCUCUGCUUCCAAACAAACAUGUCGAUCCGCUUUCAUCCGCAAUUGAUGCACGACGGGUCCGGCAAGGCGUUUUACUGCCGCGAAUGGGUCUUUGCCAAAGUUGGCCACAUCCUGGACAACAGGACGGCCGAGAAGAUUCAAGUGGCCAACAUUUCCGGCGUCCUGGUCGUCGGCGAGCCGGGCGCCGGCAAGACGGCCGUCACGUUAGAAAUUGUGCGUGGAGGAGUCAACCAACAUUGCAGGUCUCUUUCAAAUCGAGUUUUAGCCAGCCAUUUCAUCAAUGGAUACGAACCGGAAACGCAAUCGGUGGCUGGAUUCAUCCGGCGGUUGGUGGAUCAACUUCAAGAAUCAAGAUUAAUCGAUGGAUACGCAGACAAGUUGCGACACCCUGAAUUAGCCGAAUGGCUUCAUCCGCAACGUAUGGAACUUGAUCCGGAUGAAGCCUUCCAGCGAACUGUUCUCUUUCCUCUCCUCGAGAUGGACACGCCUCCGCGCAAUUUGCUUCUCAUUGUAGAUUCAUUAGACGAGCCUUCGCUUGUGCUGGACGGCGGUUUCAACAGCGUUCGAAGGCUAACGGACUUGCCCGAUGGCGAUUCCAGUCAGAGCAUUGCUGAAUUAUUGGCCAAUCAUCACCAUUUGCUUCCGCCAUGGCUUCUUCUACUCGUGACGUUGCGGAGGAGUAACAAACCUCUUGCCCGUCUGUUUACGGGUUUCAAGAAAAUCGCAUUGGAUCAGGUGCGUCGUAAUUCAGUCAUCCGCGAUGUCCAGCAAUACAUUCUAGCCCGUCUGGAGAAGGAGGCAGCCCUACGGCGCCACUUGACGCGCGAGACAGCGCCAGCUCUCAACAUGUUGCAUAUUAAAAGCCACGGAUGUUUGUUGUACGUUGAAGCGGUGCUGGAUGGUGUCGCGGACGGGUCCGUCCUCCUUCGUGACAUACCUGAAAUACCUGGCACACUUAACGGGCUCUACCUGUGGCUCUGUCAACGGCUUUUCACCCGACGCGGUUGGAAUAAAGUCCAGCCAUUAUUGGCCGCUCUGUUGGCCAGCAGGCAUCCGCCAAGUCAAGAUCAACUCCUUCGCGCGGCUUAUACCAUUGACGCGCGGAUGUCUCGAUCCGAGUUUCGCAAACGAAUGAACAUGUUGCGCAAGUUAUUAAUUCCGGCUGCUGGGCCGGAUUCUUCCGGUGGGCGAAUGCAGAUCUUUCACAGCAGUUUCGGCGAGUGGCUGACGGACGUCAAACACUGUACGCAACGUUUUCUAAUCAAAGUGGCCGAAGGUCACGCUCGCUGGGCCGUCACGCUGGCCAGCCGCGGUGAAAACAUGACGCCGGACGAGGUGGAAGAUUUGACGUUCCAUCUCGGACGGAUGCAGCUGCAGUCGCCAUUGGAAGCUUGGCAUCUUCCUCUUUGGCUCUUGUGGACCAAAACGCCUCUGCCGGACCAGGCCGUCCUUGAAGCCGUUAUGGUCAGCAGCCUCGGUGCUCAGAAUCUGAGCCCAGAUGACAUCGAAAGUCAACUGGACGGAACGUUUGGUUUAGUGGCGGAGGAAUGCCGAUCUCAAGACAAACCGGAUAUGGUCGAAGACGAUAGUGCUAUUGUUGCUGCCAUGGCAACCGAUGAAUCCAUUCGUCAGUCGCCUGUUAUUACUACUAGUCCAUUAGCCGGGACGACGAUGGCGGAUCCGGCGGAAGAGAUUGAAAGAUUGAUUGAACACGAAGAAGAAGAGGAAGAAGAAGAAGAAGAAGAGGAAGAGGCCAUUUCCCCUGUUUUGGAACGCCGGAACAGUGUUAGAUUAUUACGCCACGCCCAUUCGCUGAACGAAGCGGAAGAUCCGGAGCAAUCGCUCUUUUAUGCGGCCCAAAUGGGAUACACGUCGGCCGUUACCAAACUUUGCCAUCGUUAUAGAUCGUCCAUCAGUCUAGCGGCAUUACGGCACGCUCUGUCGAUCGCCGCCCGUCAGGGUCACGCUUCUCUAGUCUCCACGUUGCUGGAAGCCGGAGCGGAUCCGGAUGUGGCCGAUUCUGAGGGCUGGACGCCGCUGAGAGCCGCCGCUUGGGGCGGACACGCUUCCACCGUCCAAGUGUUGCUGGAACGCGGAGCUCAGGUGGACGCCAGUGACUCUGAAGGCAGGACGGCUCUCAGAGCGGCCGCUUGGGCUGGCCACGAAGAAGUCGUCCGGGCCCUUUUAAACGCUGGUGCACAAGUGGACGGGGAAGAUCGACAAGGACGGACGCCGCUUAUUGCGGCCGCUUAUAUGGGUCACGCAGACAUUGUUGCCGCUCUGUUAGACGCAGGUGCUCAGCCAGACCAUGUCGAUUGCGAAGGGCGGACAGCCCUUUCGGUGGCCGUGCUUAGCGUCGCCUGCCGGACACAACCUAAUGGAAAUCAUCCGCCAUCUGGUGGUGGAGACGUUAGCGUCCGUCGCCGCCGUCCUCGUGUGUUGGUCAAACGACGUCCAUCUAAAGUCAAUUCAGAUGACAUCGAUCCGGCCAGCCAAGAGCAAGACACUUCACCUCCAGCCGAAGUGGCCUCGUCCAUUUAUCCGGACAGUGGGAUUACCGGUACCCUGACGGGCACUUUGGCUGGAACGUUAGAUGGCGAAGAUAACGAAGCUGUUGAAACAGUGACCAUCCUUUUAGAAUACGGCGCUUCGGUUAACCAUCAAGAUAAAGUAGACGGACUAACUCCACUUUUAGUGGCUGCUUUUGAAGGCCAUCGGACGGUAUGCGAACUGCUACUGGAAGGAGAUGCCGAUGUCGAUCAGGCAGAUUUAGGAGGGCGGACGCCGCUCCUAGCGGCCGCGUCCAUGGGGCACGGUCACAUUGUCGAACUUCUCCUUUUUUGGGGUUGCUAUGUGGACAGUAUCGAUGCUGAAGGUCGCACCGUUUUGUCCAUCGCCUGCGCCCAGGGGUCGGUUGAUGUUGUCCGAUUGCUGCUGGAUCGUGGGCUGGAUGAAGCUCAUCGUGACAAUGCCGGAUGGACGCCCUUACAUUAUGCGGCUUUCGAAGGCCAUGCGGCUGUUGUUGAUCUUUUACUAGAAGUCGGUGCUCGAAUGGACGCUACCGACAAUGACGGCCGAGCUCCUAUUUUGCUGGCCACGCAAGAAGGUCACCUGUCCGUUGUUGAACGAUUGAUUGAAUUAGGUGCCGAUAUCAAUCAAAAGAGUCUUGACGGUAAAACACCGUUACGCGUGGCCGCCCUCGAGGGCCACAAUUCCGUUUUGUCCGCCUUAGUGGAAGCCGGUGCUGAUCUGACGUCCAAGGACCCUGACGGCCGCAGUACUCUAUACCUCCUAACAAUAGAGAAUAAAAUCCAGCAAGUGGAGAUUAUCCUUUCCAAGGCUGCGGGCAAAUACAACUUGGAGGAGGAUCGCGAUCUCGAAGGCCGGACGCCGCUCCACAUAGCGGCCUGGCAGGGCCACACAUCGAUGGUGGAGUUGCUGCUCCGUUACGGAGCCGACGUGAACGCGGUGGACCGGGAACAGCGGACGCCGUUACAGAGCUCUGCGUGGCAAGGACACGAGUCCGUUGUUUGGCUCCUGCUCAAGGCCGGCGCACGGGGCGAUCAGCCGUGCUCGCAGGGAGCCACACCUCUCUCUAUAGCUGCGCAAGAAGGCCACGAAGGCGUUGCCAGGCUGUUGCUGGCCAGCGGAGCGGAUCCCAACCGAGCCGACGGCUGCGGUCGCACUGCCCUGAAAUUGGCCAUGAAAGGCGGUCAUAAGAAAGUAAUCCAGCUUUUGGAAAACUCGUCCAGCACGUCGUCAAAAUCGUCCGAUAUUGGAUCGAAAUAUUUGUCGGUCAAUGGGCCAGACCCCAAGGACUACAGCCCUGCGUCAACUUUCGAGACGGCCAGUUGCAAGUCUGGUAGCAACUUGACAUCGUCAACACCAAGGUCGUCUUCUCUGACGGCCGAAUUGAAAGCCUCUCCAUCACCGUCUGUUCAAACGUCGCAACUCAGCUUUACACAACAGCUGCAGCAGCAAGCUGGACAGCAACGAGGAUCUCGACCUCGAACAGCCGGACUGCAUUUGCCACUUUACUCGGCCAAUCGGAUCCUGUCGCCGUUGAGCGAGCCGCAGAGUCCGCUUUACGCUUCUCCUCCACCUCCCACUCCGCCCAACGAGCCCAUCUGGCAGCCGAUCCAUCAAACUACGCCGCAAAGUCAACCCCCAACAUGCGUACCGUCAUCGCUGGAUCACCAUCGUUUGGUGUCUGUCCUGACCGAUCGUAUAGGUCCGAUGACGGCCAAAAAUGGCCAUUCACGUUCCAGUUUGACGAGCCUUUUGCGUCGUGAGCGGUCCGAAGAUGCCUUCAGAGUCUCGAGCAUCGGUAGCACAACACCUCCUGUGCCACAUCGGACAUCCAGCAUCGAUCCGGAUCGUACACAACCUACGCAACGGAUGGAUAUACUUAAAAACGAGCCUUCUUUAAGGCCGUCUUCGGUUCCCCUCACGCAGAGUAGUCACAUGCAGAUCAUUUUAGGAAUCCCAUCAAAAUCACGACGUAAUGGAUUCGGUCACCGUCCAAUUGCCCAUCCGCAAGUGUCACGCGAUAGUCACCACGGCGGUGGUUUCAGUGGAAUGUUGGCCGGCAUCCGCAACAGCGCCCUACUCCACGGCAGCACCAAAUUGAAAAACGCUCUGUGUAACGCCGUCAGUCGACCGGUUGGCGUCAUCAAAAAGGAGACUCAGCUAUAAAAA